CAGGUGCUCCAAUCCCCUCCAUAUCAUGUGAUUCAGGUGCUCCAAUCCCCUCCAUAUCAUGUGAUUCAGGUGCUCCAAUCCCCUCCAUAUCAUGUGAUUCAGGUGCUCCAAUCCCCUCCAUAUCAUGUGAUUCAGGUGCUCCAAUCCCCUCCAUAUCAUGUGAUUCAGGUGUCCCAAUCCCCUCCAAAUCAUGUGAUUCAGGUGUCCCAAUCCCCUCCAUAUCAUGUGAUUCAGGUGUUCCAAUCCCCUCCCAAUCAUAGUCAAUAGCUAAAGACCUCCAAACUUGGUUUGGCCUUCAGAUGAGCCCAACAACAGUGCGUAGAGAGCUCCAUGGAAUGGGUUUCCAUGGC